UCGUUCACUAACUCCAUACUUUCGCUAAGAAAGUGUCAUGAAUUAACCAUGCUGUUCAAAAUCUUUAUGAUUGAGUUCAUCAUAAUUUCAAUCCAUUUCGUUCCUUCCGUUUUGCUUAUUUCAGAUUGUGAAAAUGUCACCAAAAGGCUGGAACAAUUUGAUAAAGAGUUCCAAUCCAUGUGGUGGCUCCGUCAGUCAGCAGACUGGAACUACAGCACCAAUGUUUCUAAAGCGACAACAUCUGCUCGUCAAUUUGCAUCCGUACUUUACAGCGACUGGAUGAAAGAUUGGAAAUUAUGGGCUAGACAGCUAAGUUGUGAAGAUCUUCCAUCUGAUGAAAAACAGAUCGUUAAAAUCAUGGCAUCUGGUGUGGUUUUUAUGAACUCUUAUAAUGCCAGAUUGAUUACAGAGUUGAAAUCCUAUUUAACGGAAAUAUACACCUCAGCAAACAUAGCACUUCCAGAACUAAAUGGAACUGCCCAAGGCGAAAGUGAAGUCAUAUCUCUUGUAGAACAUCUUCGAAACCCAGAUAUCUUGAAAAAAGUUUGGAAAUCUUGGCGAAAACAAGUCGGAGAGAAGGGAAAAUCUUCUUUUUUGCAACUUAUGCAGCUCACGAAUAAAGAAGCCCAAGAAAACGGUUAUACUGAUAUUGGUGAAACUUGGAAAGAAGAAUUAGGCUUGGACGACGUGAUAUCAGAAGUUUUAGUUCUAUGGGACGAAGUAAAGGAUUUUUACAAGGAACUACAUGCAUACGUAAAACACAAAUUACGUUUAUAUUACGGAGAUAAGCAUGUUGGAGUUAAUCCUUGGAUUCCUGCACAUUUAUUAGUUAAGUAA